AGGACUUCUCAGGUGUCCUGAUAACCACUGCUCUCAGCUCCCUCCUCGGCUCUCAGGCAGCCGCUUGCCUGGAAGCCUACCCGCGUCAAUGCCCAUCCUUUAAGAUACCCCUGCCUGCCUCCCUCCCCCGAUGAGCUGGCCAGGGGACUGCUUAGCAUCAUGAACGACCAGUACCACCGAGCAGCCCGGGACGGCUACCUGGACCUGCUAAAGGAAGCCACCAGGAAGGACCUAAACUCGCCUGAUGAGGAUGGCAUGACCCCGACCCUCUGGGCUGCUUAUCACGGCAACUUGGAAGCGCUGAGGCUGAUAGUUAGCAGAGGGGGUGAUCCAGACAAAUGUGACAUCUGGGGGAACACACCUCUUCACCUAGCAGCAGCUAAUGGUCAUCUGAACUGCCUCUCCUUCCUGGUGUCAUUUGGGGCCAACAUCUGGUGCCUGGACAAUGAUUACCAUACGCCACUGGACAUGGCUGCCAUGAAGGGACACAUGGAAUGCGUGCGGUACCUAGACUCGAUUGCUGCCAAGCAGAGCAGCCUCAAUCCCAAGCUGGUGAGCAAGUUGAAGGACAAGGCUUUCAGAGAUGCAGAGAGGAGGAUCAAGGACUGUGUAAAGAUGCAGAAAAAGCACCAUGAGCGGAUGGAGAAGAGGUACAAGAAGGAGAUGUCUGACAACUCUGACACCAUGAGCUUCUCCAGCUACUCCAGCAGCACUCUGAGCAGGAAGUUCCAGCACAUGUCCAUGGUGACGUCCCUGCCAUAUUCCCAAGCCACCGUUCACGGCACAGCCAAGGGAAAGACCAAAAUCCAGAAGAAGCUGGAGAAGAAGAAGCAGGUGGAUGGAACGUUUAAGAUCUACGAGGAUGGGAGGAAAAGCGUGAGGUCCUUGUCGGGCUUACAGCUGGGGAAUGAUGUCAUGUUUGUGAAGCAGGGCACCUACGCCAGCCCAAAGGAGUGGACCCGGUGCAACAUCAGGGACAUGUUUCUAACUGAUGAAGAUACCAUCUCCCGUGCCAUAAGCGACCCAGGUUUGCACAUGGACUCGGCCCACUCGGAGGUCAGCACGGAUUCUGGCCAUGACUCAUUGUUUAACCGGCCUGGGCUUGGCACCAUGGUGUUCCGGAGGAACUACAUCAGCAGUGGGCUCUUUGGGAUUGGCCAGGAGGAUGCCAGCGUGCUGGGUGAGGGCAACCUGGAUGGGGUAAGUGUCAAACUGCGAAGCCGCCUGCAGCGCUCGCCAAGUCUCAACGACAGCAUCGGCAGUGCCAACAGCCUGCAGGAGAGGAACGCGGAGGAGCUGCCCUGGGAGGAGGUGGAGCUGGGCCUGGAUGAUGACAACGAAUCCGAUACCAGUCCCCUUGAGGCCUUCCUGGCUUCCCUGCACAUGUUUGAGUUCAUCUCCAUCCUGAAGAAAGAGAAGAUCGACCUGGAGGCCCUCAUGCUGUGUUCAGACAAUGACCUGAAGAGCAUCAACAUCCCACUGGGGCCUAGGAAAAAGCUAUUGGAUGCCAUCCAGAGGAGGAAGCAGACCUUGGAGGGGCCUGAUGUUAUUGCAGACACCGAGCUAUAGCAGUUUUUAUGAACAAGAAACAAAACCAGUUCUAAGUUGCCAGAAAACUCAAACCAGUGACUCCUCCACUAGGACAACUGAAAGCCACAGUGUCGUCCAGUCCCUCAUGACUGACUGCCUCCUUCCCCAUUCUGCUUCCAGCCUGGGGGACUCUGCCCAACAGGAACCAGCUGCUGAGAGGAAUUGUUGAGAUAUGACCUGCCUGACGUUCCAUCUUUGCUGAAUGGAGCUCCUUAGCCUGCUUGCUAGAGGGGUGACAAGAUCAUCCUACGCUAUGAAGCUGAUAGGUGGAACUCCAUGUGAUCACAGUUUGACAAAGCACAGGAAGCCAUGGACAAUGAGAACCGUGUGGUACCUUGGAAUGGACUAACAAAUAAAUAAUCAGGAUACCUUGCCUCUGUUCUUGGCUCUGCUGUUCACUCAGUGUGUGGCAUUGGAGAAGUCAUUUGCAACCACCUUUUCAAAAGCGAUUGCUGGAUUUUGGUGCCUCUGGUUUUGGGUUCCCAGCUUGAGACCCCAUGGGUCUGAGUCUCACAGUCCCACAACUCUGAUUUCAUGUAGACUUUGGGGGUUUAGCUCCUCUAAAAAUCAGGCCGUAGAUGUCCCAAAUGGGACAUCCGGAAAUGAAGGCACCCCAAAUCAAUGGCCACUUUUGAACACAUUGGUCUUUACCACUCUGUGCCUCAGUUUCCCAUUCUGUAAAAUGGAGAGAAUGCUCCCUGGAGACAAUAAUCCAGUCCCAACUUGCAGGGGUACUGUGAUGCUUAAGUAAUUAAUGUCUGAAAAGCGCACUGAGAUCCUUGUAUGGAAAACACUCCACAAAUGCAAAGCACAAUUAUUAUUUUUAAUAGAGAUGGAUCCAAACCAAAAACCUGAUUCUGGGCACCCCUGAAAUUUGGGAGCUCAAAAUCCCAGCCCAGCUCUGAAUUUCCAUCACUGUCUUUGUAGUGGGCUUAACCAAACCCCCUCACCUAAAUACUCCUGAAUUCUGGCUCCAGCUUGUGCAGCCUGAGUCCAAUUUCUUUUGAUCAAAUGAACUUGCUUCCAAACACUAUGCUCCUGAGGGAGACAGGAGGAUUUUUCACACUUAAUAACCCAGAGGGUGAUGAUACCUGGUUGUCUAGGAAUAGGGUAGUAUCCCUUUAAGUAAUUUGUGAUCACCAUCAAGUGUCAAUUGAUACCAAAGAAAUGGUAUCAAACAUGUCACCACAGCUCCUUACCAUGCUGCCACUAACAGAUCAGUGGAAAGAUUUAUCCAGACAUUCAAGCAAAUGCCUUGUGCCUUAUGGCGGAUUUCCUACUGGCCUAUAGAAAUGUGGCCCAGAGACACCAUAGGUCUGGUUAGUUUCUGAUGGCUUCUAAAACACAGAAUGCGGUGAUUUCACAUACACUUUGGGGGGUUCAGCUCCUCUGAAAAUCAGGCCUUAGAUGUCCCAAAUGGGACAUCCGGCAAUGAAGGCACCCCAAAUCAAUGGCCUUUGUGAGCUAUUUAAAGGGAUACUACCCUAUUCUGACUUGCCCGUUGCUCUGCUGUCUGUGGAUGUGCCUGAAAGUGCCACUUUCAUGCAUGUGAUAUUUCCAGGAAUUGAUUACAGCAGGACUGAAAUGAGUGGCCAAAAUGCUCCUCAGAUUCCAAAAGGAAAACUCCUCCCAAUUCUUUUAUCAUGCUUGUGCUGCAAACCCUGUGUGGACUGCCUGUUCCUUUGGGUUUGUGGCUCUGGUAUUCUUAAUAGAUUCAGGGAGCUCCAUCCUUGGGAACUUCCAGAAAAGGAGAUAUAUGCAGGGAUGGGACCACCAGUAAAAAGGGAUCUUCCAAUGGUAAUUUAUUAGUCACAUUUGUACCAUGACCUCUCAUCUUCUAUGAAUUAUACAGGGCUUUAGUGACUAACUGCACAGUGAGCCCAUCACCUGCAAACAGAACUCGGAUUCUGCCCUAACUCCCCUCAGGCAGAUCUGAAUCCCAGCAGUGAGCUCUGGCACCUUGAGUCUUUUGAAUAUUGUGACUCACUAAGGCAUAACAGCCAAGAACAAUUCUGGCAGUAGGAAAGAGGGAUGAAGCUCCAUUUGGUUCUUCCUGGAGCAUUUGCAAAGAAAUGCUGGAUGCUCAAGUGAGGUGAAAGAACAUAAACCUGCACGGAUCAAGACCAUUCAGAGAGGGUUUGCUUUCUAGUUUCCCAUAACCCAGGUCUGGGAUAGGUUUGUGGAGCCCAUUCUCAUAGAAGAGAAUGAUGGGAAAUGACCCAGGAAUGGCUGGGUGUGUGGGAACACCGUGAUCAACUGAAGAAGAGUUUGAGGCAGUAGCUAUGAGAUGACUCCCUCAUGGGUUGGGCUUAGUAACCAAAACACUUUAAUAUCCAUUUUGUUAUGGGCCUAAGCCUCCAAGUUCAGAUCCACAUUUCCCCCAAAUUCAGGGGUGCUCUGCUGUAGAGUUUUGGUUCUGAUCCAUACAGCCUGUGUUGCAAUAAUACCCCUCAUUCCAGUGUUAGCAAGUGGAGCUAGUCAGGCAUUUUCCAGUGAAACCGUUUUAUCUGAAAAUGCUGAUUCAUCCAAACCCGAAACCACUGGUGGGAAAGGGUCCAUUUCAACUUUUGUUUUUCAACUUGAGAAAGAUUUUGGAAAAGAAUAGUUUCAGAACAUUUUGAAAUUUUCAUGCUCAUUUGCCAUUCUUUUUUUUUUAAUUGACAAACAAUGUCUCAUUUAGAAACAAACUCAUCAGAAUAAAAAAUAUUUUUUUUAAACUGUCAAAAUUGAAAUGAAACAUCUUGAUUGACCUGAACCGAAAAUUUUGGUUCAUGAAAAUUUUCCAGAUUUUGCCUUUUCAUCCCAAUUAGAGCCAGGAAAAUUUUUCAAUAUCUCAAAAACACUCCUGGGGCAGUAAACUUGCUCCAUGCCCCACUCUAUCAGCCAGGUCCUUUUUAGUUGCUUGAAAGCCCGUGGCCCUCUGGCUCCUGCUGGAAAGCACGUGUAACCCCUGUAUAGUUCACAUAAGAAAUGCACUUCCUGCUGUAUGUUAUUGCUUCUGAUUCAUGGUUUUCCUGGGGCAACCUGGAUUACCUGUUUGACAUGUGACUUUAGGUGACUGCCUGGAGGGAGCUGGGAUUGGGUCACUCCAGUUUUCCCACAGCUGUUCAUAACUUCCCAGCUGCACCUGCUGUCACUGCCCCCUCCUGGCACUGCGUGCAUCACUCUGGGACAAGGAUGAGGGUAGAAACCCAGCCAUGCUGGGUUCAAAGUGUAGUGUCCAGUGACUCUUGUGUUGGUUAAUGUAUUGUCUUCAGGGUCAUGGCAUGUCAAUCACAGAGUGUUGUAUUAGAAGGCGUUUUUUUGGGGGGGGGUGGGGCAAGUCCUCCAUGUACAUGGGGAAAGAUGUGACAAUGGGAUUGGGCCCUGUGCCAACACUUUCCACUGAAGCUAAGGGGAGCUGAUGGAGAACAACCUGUAGCAGAAUGUACCUGGUAGGCCGCCAUUCAGCCAUCCAGUUUUGUUCAGCAAAGCACUUAAGCAUAUGCUUAAGUUCAGGGACGUAUUGAAGUCUGGAUGAUUUCAAUAGGAUUUAAAUGUGUGCUUAAAGUUAAGCCUGUGCGUAAGAACUUUGCUGAAUGGGCAUUGCCCCUGCUGAGUUGGGGCUCUAGUGAGGAAGCAGUGAUAUGUGUGCUACUCGCCCCGAGAAGCCCAGCUCACGUAGGCCCUGAGCUAAAGCCCAUUGAAAUCAGUGGAAAGACUUGCAUUGACUCAGAUGGGCUUUGGAGCAUGACAAGAGGGAAAGCGCGACAGGCCCUUGGUAGCGGCCAGACCUAGCAAUCCACCUUGAAUAUGGCCCCUGCACCGAGGUGAGAGGUUCCAGAGAAGACAAACAAGGCUGAGUCAGAAGAAUAGUCUCAGCCCAGACCCUCACCCCUAUUUGAAGGCAGCUAGGUAGAUGAUUCAGGUCCAUCCUGGGCAAAAUGUGAAUAUAUAUGAACUAAAAUAGCCUGGGCCCCAAUCCAAGCCCCCAAUGUAAACAGCCCACAAGUUUGGGGCAGUGUUUGAAACCCCGACCCAGAAUUCACUCCAACCAUGGGCCUGUUAUAAACGCGUCCAUAGACUGGAUAGGUUCAAGUGGCCCCUCCCUUUAUAAAGGAUUAGAUCAAAAUUCCUGGAUCCAAACUCUGAGCUGCUCCAGCUGCAGAUGGUGGGGCUAGAGUCCAUCUCUAAACUAGAGUGAGGUGUGCCCAGUAUAUGAAGAUGUGAAAAAUGCCCCCUACACCACUUCCAUUCUACACAUUCCCUUGCACCAGGACAUUCCUGCACCCAGGUACCUUUCUGUUUAUUAAAUGUAUAUAUGUAAGGUCUCUCUUCAUUGUAUGUGAUUCCUACCUGCACAAGGAUCACAUUGUUUACCAUUUAUUUAAGAGACCAUGAACUUCCUUAUAUUGCCUGAUAAUUACAAAUUU